AUGAUUUCCUCGGGCUUCACCAACGCGCCCGUGUCGCAGCUCAUCGUCUUCUCCACCGUCAUCGGCGCCCUCGUCGCAACCACCACCGACACCCGCCACUACCUGCCGAUUGCGGUCGUGCCGCACAUCUGGGGCUACGGCCAGCUUUGGCGGUUGCUGACGUGGGCCUCGUUCUUCACCAACAGCACCGAGGUCUUGUUUGGCGUGCUGGCCUUUUACCAAUUGAGGGUCUUGGAGCGACUGUGGGGGAGUCGAAAGUUUCUUAGCUUCCUCAUCGCAACACUUCCAUACACAACCCUGAUGCCCCCGCUCAUCCUCACCUUCGUCCUCCGCCCGCUUACGUUUGGAUACGUCAACUACCUCCCUUCGGGCCCGACGUCUAUCCUCUUCGCCCUCCUCGCGAACUACUACGCCGCCAUCCCGUACACGUACCGGUACCGCAUCUCGCCCUCGUCGCCCUCGUCGCCCUCGUCCCAGACAAACCCGACCGCCUCGACCGCGCAACAGGCAACGAGCAUCUGGUCGCGCUCCCUGACCGUCACGAGCAAAGCCACGUCGUACCUCGCGCCCUGCCAGCUCGCGCUCUCGCAGCUCCCCGGCUCACUGCUCGCUGCAGCCGUCGGUUGGGCCGUGGGCACGGCGUACAGAAGGGAUCUGCUGCCGGGGGCCUAUAGCUGGAGGGUGCCCGGGUGGAUGGUCGGGCAGGAAGAGGGCGACAAAGGCGGGUUCGAGGGGCUGAGACAGCGGCUGGAGAGCGAGCGGGGCGAUGGGGCUAGUACGGGGAUUCUGGCGGGCGAGACGGGCGCGACUGGCGCGGUCAGGCAGAGAAGGACGUUGGGCGAUAUGCUGGGGGAGCAGUUUCGUGGACGGGGAUGA